UCUUCGCCGGUAGGGAAAUGAUGCAAACCUACUGUGCGUCUUUGAGAGACUUUCUCUAAAACUUUCCUUCUUGAUGUUUUUAACUAAAUAUGUAGAUGGGGAGUUUCUCAUUUAAUUUGAGGUUUAUAUUGACUUGUAGCUGUUUCUGGCCUGCCCUACCUGCUUCUAAACCCAGGCAGGUGAAGAUUUCCGGGUUGUUCUCUUCCGUGUUCUUCAGCGAAUAGAGCAGACAAACAGGACGACAUGGCGCAGGCCGCAGGAUUUGGAUCAAGAAGAAGAAGUAGAAGCAAGGACUUCCCUCCAAAUCUCAGACUGGUUCUUGUUGGGAAGACUGGGUCAGGGAAGAGCUCCAGUGGGAACACCAUCCUGGGCAGAGACGCCUUCGUAGCUGCAGUCAGUCAGUCCUCAGUCACCAGGCAGAGCUGCAAGCAGGAAGGCGAAGUGUUUGACAGAACAGUGACCAUCGUCGACACGCCGGGUCUCUUUGACACGUCGAUCUCCGAACACACCAUCAAGAGAGAGAUCUCCAAGUGCAUCAACAUGUCGGCCCCGGGGCCCCACGCCAUCCUGCUGGUCAUCAAGGUGGGGCCUUUCACCGAUGAGGAGCAGGACGCGGUGAGGCAGGUGGAGGACAUCUUUGGGCCGGACGCCUGGAGGUACACCAUGAUCCUGUUCACCCAGGAUGAUGGAGCUGCUGAAGACGUGAAGCUGCAGCUGCCGGAGUGCGGCCCCAAGCUGGAGAGCGUCCUGCAGAGGGUCAACAACCGCUACCUGAUGCUCAACAACCACAGGGCCCACGACCGCAGCCAGGUGCUGGCGCUGCUGGAGAAGGUGGACAGGAUGGUGUUUGAGAACGGAGGAGAGUUCUACUCCAACUACACCUACCUGCAGGUGGUGGAGAUGCUGCGGCGCAGAGAGGAGGAGCUCAGAGCGUUCUACCAGAAGCAGCUGGAGGAGCAGACCAGAGCUGUGGAGCAGAAAUAUGAACAGCUGCUGACUGCUGCUCAGCCUGAAGGCCCCGACCUGAAGAGGAGAUGCCAGGCUGAGUUACAGGAAGUUCAGCGUUUCUAUGACAACUUGCUGCGGAGCACCCGCCAUGUUGUAGAGCAGAGCACUCAGGAGGAUUCAAUGGAGGUCGUUUUCCAGUUCUCCAAGACGCUGAAAGUGAAGACCAGCUCCUAAAGACCCAGAAGUCCCUGUUUUCAUUACCCAGCAUGCAUCAGCGUCAGGAUGACCAGUCCAGCCUUGAGGUUCUGGUCCGCAUUGAUGUUUGGUCACUCAGGUUCCUCUGAGAAACCCCUGCGGUCCAGUCAAAGUCCUUCCUUCUGAAACAUUUCAGCAGCAGCCUGAAGAUUCCUGAAGGAACUAAAACCUUCUGCUACAACAACCAGUUUCUGCCCACAUGGGGAUUUUUCCUCCCUGAACUGGCAACCAUUCAUUUCAUUGUUGAACUAUGCUGUAACUUAGUCUAAUAGGUAAUACUUAUUAUCUAUUGUUUAUUCAUAAAAACAUUAACAAGCAAAAGUUGAUCAUUGUUGAAAAUUGUUGUGAAUGUCAGAGUGAUAAUGAGCUGAACUCUAAACCUGCAGCAGUUCACUGACGUCAUCAGAACCA